GCCCCGAAGCUCCAGUCACUAAUCGCGAAUCAGCGUCACGCCCGAGGAAAGGCCCGCAUGUCAAACAAUCGACGUUGCACUUGCUCCAUGCCUGGCAUAGCUCGGCAGUACUCUUGAUGAACAUUUCACGGCUAUAAGACUACCCGCCUUCUCGCACUCGCAGUCGGAUCAGAUCCCUCCACACGUAUACUCCCCCAAAAAAACAGAAGCUGCAGCCAUGUCUCCCUCAAAGGUUUCCUCCCUAGAUUUCGACAAGUUCUACAACAUUAUCGAUGGCGAGCAGCGGGGCAGCAAGAACAUUCACCACGGCGUGAAUCCCUCAACCGGCGAGGACCUCUGGGAGGUGCCCAUUGCCACCGAGCAGGACUGCAAUGAUGCCGUGGCUGCGGCGAAAAAGGCCUUUCCCGCCUGGAGAGAUACCCCCAUCGCGAAGCGGAAGGAGCUGCUCAUGAAGUUCGCCGAGCUCUUCGGCCAGCACACCGCAGAGUUCACCCAGCUGCUGUGCAAGGAGUCGGGCAAGCCCCAGAAGAUUGCAGGCAUCGAGGUUGGCGGGGUUGUCGGUUUCAUCCAGUACCACUGUGCCCUUGACAUCCCGGAGGAGAAAUUUGAGGAUGACGAGAAGAUCGUCUAUACCGAGUACACUCCUCUCGGCGUCUGCGGUGGUAUCAUCCCCUGGAACUUCCCUCUUAUUCUUUCCAUUGGCAAGAUCGCCCCUGCCCUCCUUACCGGCAACACCAUCGUCGUCAAGCCCUCUCCCUUCACCCCCUACACCGGCCUGAAGCUCGUCGAGCUCGCCCAGCAGAUCUUCCCUCCCGGUGUCGUCCAGGCUGUUGGCGGUAACAACGAGCUCGGUGCUCAGCUCACGCUCCACCCCGAUGUCGCCAAGAUCUCCUUCACGGGUUCCAUUGCCACGGGCAAGAAGGUCAUGGAGGCCAGCGCGAAGACGCUCAAGCGCGUCACCCUCGAGCUCGGCGGCAACGACGCCUCCAUCAUCCUCCCGGACGUGGACAUCAAGAAGGUCGCUCCCGAGGUCGUCAUGGGCGCAUUCCAGAACUCGGGCCAGGUCUGCGUAGCCACCAAGCGCAUCUACAUCCACGAGUCCAUCUACCAAGAGUUCCUCCAGGAGAUGGUCAACUUCACCAAGUCGAUCAAGGUCGGCCCGCCCGAGGACGGCGACAACCUGCUGGGCCCUGUCCAGAACGCCAUGCAGUACGAGAAGGUGAAGGGCUUCUUCGCCGACUCCAAGGCCAAGGGCUACAAGUUCGCCGUCGGCGAGCCCGAGCCCCAGCCCACAAAAGGCUUCUUCAUCCAGCCCACCAUCAUCGACAACCCGCCCAACGACUCCCGGAUCGUCGCUGAAGAGCCCUUUGGCCCUAUUGUGCCUACGCAGCCCUGGUCCGACCUCGACGAGGUGAUUGCGCGCGCCAACGACACCAACACGGGUCUUGGAGGCUGCGUGUGGGGCAAGGACGUUGAGAAGGCGAUGGCGGUUGCGCGCCGCAUUGAGGCGGGCAGCGUCUUCGUCAACAGCUGGGAGAAGCCGACGCCUCAGGCCGUCUUUGGUGGGCACAAGGAGUCUGGCAUUGGUGGUGAGUGGGGUAAGACGGGCCUGCUGGCGUUUAUGAAUGCUCGCGUCAUCCACUGCUAUAAGAAUUAGGAUGUGGUGGAGUUAUAAGCUGCUGAGGCAGUAAGAGAUGAAGAUACCAUGAUGAUGAUGAAUGAACGAAGGAAUAAAAAUGUGCACGCAUAGUUAGGAGGGUCUCGAACUUGUUGGUGUGAGGUAGUCCAGUUGUGCCUGGAGUAUUUACAUAAGUACUUCCGGCGGAACUUUUCCAUCUCUACCUAGGUAUCCUCCCACUUCCCAACCAUACCCCAACCAGUAUAGCUUUCUUGGGAGUGUAAUCGGCUUUCCCGAUAUGGAAACCUCCGAUGAACCUGCCCCUCCAUCGUCAUACCCCAGGUACUCUUAAUUUUCCACGUAUAGCACCUUGUAUAUCCCCACGUAGCUACGGGUAGCAGACGCGGUAACUGGAAAUGGUAUCUUGUGUGUG